CGUAGGGAACUUUGCGCUCGUCGUAAUGAAUACAUGAACAGACGAUGUCAGUGACAAAACAUUCUGAUUGGCUUAAAUUAAAUACCCCGCCAUUUUUGAGCCAAUAAACGAGCUAACCUUAGCUUUAUUUUUUGUUUAUACUACAAUACAUAGAUACGUUGUGAUAUUGUAUUCAUGCACACAUUCACCCAAAGAACUGUUUUCGUUUUGCGGCUCUUAUCGUGUUAAGCUAAAUUGGAUGCUAUGGCGAUUUCAAUAAUGCCCUAUUUAAUAAACGCUCUGUGACUCUAGGGGAAUGAAUGAGUGAGUGAAUGAAAUGACGAACUUGUAAUAAUAAAAUUGUAAUGGCGAUGCCAGCGGUCGGUGCGGAUACGAGUCAUUUUUAUUCAGCCGCUGCAAUUUGAGUUCUCUACAACUACAGUAGACUUUGUUAAUUCGUCAGAAUUAUAGUUCUGCCUAAAUUAUUUAAACAAAUAAUUAAUACGCGGACCUUACAUCUGAGUGUUGCGGAGAAGCUAUAGUGAAUUUGUUGCAUAUGUGCAGUGAAUAAAGAAUUACUACCGUCCUAAACUAAUCGGUGUGCAAUAAACGAACGGCCGGGUAUUUACUGUGAUGUUUUUAAUUGAUUUAUUUUACACAAAUGUUCUAUGUUGUUAUAAAUCAUAACCUCAAUCGUGUAUUAUAGUGAAUACGUCGAACUAUUUUCCGUCGCCUGGUGCGAAGUGUAGUACACGAGUUCAUUUUAUUCGUUAUAUAUGAUUCAACGGGAGUAUCAAAUGAACAACGGGUUUAGUACAGGAGAAGAAGAUUCAAGAGGUAAUUCUGAUCAAAUAUGUUGCCUUAUGGAUGACGGCGAGAGCUGCAGGCGACCCGCAGGCAACGCCUCGUACAGCAAGCGCAUACAAAAGACAGUCGCUCAAAGGAGGCUCAAACUAAACAUUGACCCUCAAGCCAGGCAUACUUAUAUUUGUGAUUAUCAUAAAACAAUGAUUCAGUGUGCAAGGACAAAACAAAGGAGGCCCAAGGACUCCGAGGAUGACAGCAAUGAGGCAGAGAUGGACUCACCUGAAGUAGACUGGUUUCAAUUACAAGUGAACACAUUGAGGAGAUAUAAAAGACAUUACAAAGUGCCUGCAAGGCCAGGCUUAAAUAAAGCUCAAUUAGCUGAUGCUAUUCAAAAACAUUUUAAAUCAUUACCAGUAAAUGAAAAGGAAAUAAUGACUUACUUUAUUUACAUGGUGAAGACUAAUGGAAAUAAGUUAGACCAGAAAAAUGGAAUGAACUCAGACUCGGUGUAGAAUAAUGUGAUUGUAUUUAUAUCUGAAGUGUGUAGUUUUAACAUAGUGUAAGUAGAUUUAUGAAUAGUAUUCAUUUUAUUAUCUUCAUAAAUUUUCAAUCUGCAUUCUACAAUAAAAACAUAGAAAUAUAGAUUGAGAAUCUGUUGCAAAACUGUUUGAAGUAUAUUACUUCAUGCAAAAUUGUAUACUAACGAAUUUUCUUCAAAACUAUGAAAUGCAUGUAAAUAAAUGAGUGAAUGUUAUUAAAUGUAUUCAUUGACUAUUCCACAAUAUUCAAGACCACUAGCAUCCUUAUGAAUUACUUUUAUUUAUUUUGUUUAGUGUUAUAAGAUUGUAUUUUCCAUCUCACACUUAAAUUCUUUGUGAAAGUGUUGAAUGUUAUGAUUGUUAACUGAUGAGGAAUAUGCAAUGAUUAAUAUAACACUGUUAAGAGAGAUUAUAAUAACAGGAAGUUGUAAAAUGUAAAUUUAUUACAUUUUAUUGACAAA